CCUUAAAUGCACCUGCAGCAUACACAACUAACCACAUACUCUUUCACCUGCUCAUAUUUACUUCUCUCUCUGUGUGUCCAUUACCCCUUUAUAAUAUGCAGCUAACUCCUUUCUUUUGUCACUAAACAUCACUGAACUCUUAUUAGCUCUCUCUCUCUGUUUAUUCACUCUGCUUUUUUAGCUCUUGGGAAGCAAAACAAAGAUGGGGAAGGAGGGAAGCAAGCAAAACUCUUUAAUUUUGUGGGCUGUUGCUGCUGCAUUGCUCACACAUAAUUUGGUCAUUCCUGUCAUGUCUAGAGCUUCUUUUGAAGAACAAAAGACAUAUCACUCUCCUGAUCCUAAUACCGGAACUCCUCCAAGUUCAGGAUCAUAUACACCUCCAUCUCAUGGUUCAGGAGGUGGUGGUCAUGGAACACCUUCGCAUGGAAGCGGAGGAAAACCACCAGGUGGGAACUGUGGUACCCCGGCCCCUAGUGGAGGGCAUCACCAUCACCAUCACCAUAACCCUACCCCAUCCCCUCCGUCAGGAGGCCAUGGAGGUGGUGGUUAUUCUCCGUCUCCACCAACUCAUCAUGGUGGAGGCGGAAGCCCUCCUAGUAAUCCAACACCUAGUACACCAACUACCCCAACUCCUGACCCCGGCACUCCAAGCACUCCAGGGGGUGGUGGAUAUUAUCCUUCCCCGACUCCUACUACUCCUACACCUAGUACCCCUAGUACACCAUCAAUCCCCUCCACACCUCCUAUUGAAACACCGCCUACUCCUACCGUUGACCCUGGAACUCCAAGCACACCGGGGGGUGGUGGUUACUAUCCUCCAUCUACACCGACACCUACUACGCCCUCUACACCUAUCAUUGAAACACCACCUACUCCUACUGUUGACCCUGGAACUCCAAGCACUCCGGGAGGUGGUGGUUACUAUCCUCCAUCUACACCGACACCUACCAUUGAAACACCACCUACUCCAACCAUCGACCCUGGCACUCCAAGCACUCCGGGUGGUGGUGGUUACUAUCCUUCCCCUACACCUACUACUCCCUCCACGCCUACCAUUGAAACACCACCUACUCCUAUCAUUGACCCCGGAACUCCAAGUGCUCCAGGUGUCUUUCCAAUUGACCCCAACUCACCACCUUUUACAUGCAAUUACUGGAGGACUCACCCGACGCUUAUAUGGGGCUUGAUUGGCUGGUGGGGAAGUGUAGGCAAUUCAUUUGGUGUGGCUAGUGUUCCAGGUUUUGGGUCAAACAUGAACUUACUCCAAGCACUUUCUAACUCUCGUACCGAUGCCUACGGGGAUCUCUAUAGGGAAGGAACAGCUUCUUUAUUGAACUCCAUGGUGAGCAGGAGUUUUACCUACACUACCAACCAAGUCAGGGAUAGAUUUGUUUCAGCACUUAGUUCAGACAAGUCAGCAGCAGCGCAGGCACAGCUGUUCAAGUUAGCCAACGAGGGUCGGGCUUGAGCAGAAUUCGUGAUCUCUUUUCAAAAUCGUCACUUUCAGUUUCUUGCUAUGUCUAGUUUCAUAGUGUAUGUUUAUCAUGUGUGUUUACUUAAGAUUGAAUACUAGUAAUGUUUAUUUUUCCUCUGUGCUUUUAUAUGUUACAAUAUUAAGAGGCUAGGACUUUGUUGAUGUAGGCUAUGGGUGAAUGCCACGUUCCGAUUUCAGAAACUCUGUUUUCUAUGUUAUCAUAUUGAACUUAAGAUGAAGAGUUACAUAUUAUUGUA